AUGUCCUCUACAAGCUCUGACUCUGGAAGCAAGCGCUCUGCUGACCAUCUCGUUCCCUCCAACACUCCAAACAAGUGCUUCAAGCCUUCUGCCGCCCAUCGGUUCACUCCUUGCAUCCGACCUGCAUCUGCCCCAGUUCCAACGGAACCCCCUGCAAAACGCCGCAAAACCAUGCAUGACCCUUCCACUUCCUCAAGAUUCAAGUUUAUCUUCGCCUCUUCCGCCGCCGCUGUGGAGGAGGAGCCUGUUGUUGAAUAUUUCGACCCCAGCAAGCUAUCUGCCCCAGUUUCCACGGCACCCCCUGCAAAACGCCGCAAGACCAUGCAUGACCCUUCCACUUCCUCCAGAUUCAAGUUUAUCUUCGCCUCUUCCGCCGCCGCUUUGGAGGAGGAGCCUGUUGUUGAAUAUUUCAACCCCCCAAUGCAAGAUGAUGAUAGUACCGACCAAAGAGAUUUUUGGAAUGCCGCUCUUCUUCCGCCCUUGAACCAGGAAAACCAGAACCCUGUUGAGAAUGAAGCAAACGCUCUUGUCGGCCAGAACCCUGUUGAGGAUGAAGCAAACGAUCUUGUCGGUCAGAACCCUGUUGAGGAUGAAUCAAGCUCGGACGCAUCAGAAUCAGUGUUGGAUAUCGAAGACGGCAGCACUACCGAAUCCAAGCUCUCCGUCCCUGCCGAGAUCUCUGUCCCCGCUGAUGCAAUGGCUGCACUCCAUGAGAACUCCAUGGACGGGAACUCUGCCUGGUCUGCAAGACGUUGGUUUCGAUUCCUCCGAGUCCCUUUGCUGGCCACCAUGGUCGUGGGAGCUCCCUACUACUCGUCUGGUAGUGUGGUAUGCAAUCAGCAAUCGGGCAUGUGCAUGCUUUUGAAGCCCAAGGUGUAG